CAGAGAGGAAGAAAGGGGGAGACUGACCGAUUGAAAACGCUUUCACACAAAUAAUGAGCGGCAGCGGGCGGCCCAGGACCAGCUCGUUCGCUGAGCCCCCAGGAGCUCCCGGAGCCGCCGCGGCCGGUGCCGGAUCGGCGGUAGCCGGCGGGAGCUCGGCAGGAAAAGCUGGGGCUUCACAGGCAAGUGGAAGCAGCUCGUCGAGCUUCGGAAAUCUGAAACUGUCCAGAGAUAGUGGGAAGGUGACGACGGUGGUAGCCACACCUGGGCAGGGCCCAGAUCACCCACAGGAAGUAUCCUACACAGAUAUCAAGGUUAUUGGCAAUGGCUCCUUUGGAGUGGUCUACCAAGCCCGCCUCAUUGACAGCCAGGAGAUGGUGGCAAUCAAGAAGGUUCUACAGGACAAGAGGUUUAAGAACCGAGAAUUACAGAUCAUGAGGAAGCUGGAUCACUGCAACAUUGUGAGGCUACGCUACUUUUUCUACUCCAGCGGAGAGAAGAAAGAUGAGGUGUAUCUGAAUCUGGUGUUGGACUAUGUCCCUGAGACUGUGUACAGGGUGGCCCGGCACUUCAACAAGGCCAAGACCACCAUCCUCAUCUAUGUUAAGGUAUACAUGUACCAGCUGUUUCGCAGUCUGGCUUAUAUCCAUUCCCAGGGUGUGUGUCACCGAGACAUCAAGCCCCAGAAUCUGCUGGUGGAUCCAGAGACAGCCAUCCUCAAACUUUGUGACUUUGGCAGUGCGAAGCAGCUAGUGCGCGGAGAGCCAAACGUGUCCUAUAUCUGCUCACGGUACUACCGCGCCCCCGAGCUCAUAUUUGGCGCCACCGACUAUACGUCCAACAUCGACAUCUGGUCAGCCGGCUGUGUGCUGGCUGAACUGCUGCUAGGACAGCCCAUCUUCCCUGGGGACAGUGGCGUGGACCAGCUGGUAGAGAUCAUCAAGGUUCUGGGGACUCCGACAAGAGAGCAGAUCCGUGAGAUGAACCCCAACUACACAGAGUUCAAAUUCCCACAGAUCAAAGCACACCCCUGGACAAAGGUGUUCAAACCCCGAACCCCUCCGGAGGCCAUUUCACUGUGCUCCCGUCUGUUGGAGUACACGCCGGUGACCAGGCUCUCCCCCCUGGAGGCCUGUGCCCACGCGUUCUUUGAUGAGCUUCGCCUGCCCAACACCCGCCUGCCCAGCGGUCGAGACCUGCCUCUCCUGUUCAACUUCAGCCCUGUUGAGCUGUCUAUUCAGCCCCAGUUGAACUCCACACUCAUUCCUCCUCACGCUCGCGCACAGACGUCACCUGCCUCACAUGAGGGCAGUGUCUCAGACAGUCCCGCCCAGCCCAGCUCAGCACCUGGAUCCAUCAACAACAGCACCUGAGCACCAUUCCCCUCCGUCGCCCCCUUCUCUUGUCUUUCCCCCUUUCCUUUCCUCACCUCCUCCGCUGUUCUCUCUCUCCCACCUCCUUACUGGCUCCAAACCUCUCAAAAAUACAACAAACAAAAAACAAAAAAACAAAAACAAAAAAAAAGAGAAAAAAAAUCGAUACACACCCACACAAACACUUAACAUAGCUUAUUUCCCCUGGAUGUUAACCGUUUCCAGUGUAGACUAAAUUCUGUGGCUUUGGGCUUCAGGAGUGUGUAGGUGUUUCAAACGCUCAAAGUAGCCAUGUUUGAUAUAAGCUGCUCGUCUGAGCCCAGCGUGGCCCUGGUCCAGUCUGUUCAAAUGGAGGAACUAGCAGCACGGGGGUAGCCUAGAACGUUAUCCGAGGUGAGACGCGGGCAUUGCACAUGUUCGGUGGAUCUAACAAUAGGAUCUCCUGUAUUAUAAAGCUGAUGAUUAAAUUUUAACCCCUUUUUUAUGUUCUAUUUAUUUGUAAUAAUUUUAUGUGCCGGGAGAAUGGGGGGUCGGUGUGAACUUUAGAGUUCAGGGCAGUGUUCGAGGCCUGAAAGUCGACAAUCAUCCUUUAGUAAAAUAAAAUAUUUAAUGGUUGUGUUGUCCACCUUGUAGAGAGACCUAGUGGAAAAGGUGGUGGCUUUUUCGGUCAGUCUGUUCCGUGGAGUCUACCUACAUGUCAGUUCACUCCGCCGUACGGCAAACUGAGGAAAAGAAUAAGAGUUAUCUCGUUGUUUUAUCUCAAUUUCAUACCAAAUGGAAAGCAACACAAUUUGCUGAAUUGGCUGAUUUUCCCUGACGUUUUAGAAAGCGUGAUUUUAGAUGUCAAUAUUAAUGAUUGGUCUUUUUUUUACACCCCCCCCCCUCCCCAAUUAUACUUGGCCAAUUACCCCACUCUUCUGAGCCGUCCCGGUCGCUGUUCCACCUCCUCUGCCGAGCCGGGGAGGGCCACAGACGACCACAUGCCUCCUUCGAUACAUGUGGAGUCGCUGGCCGCUUCUUUUCACCUGACGGUGAGGAGUUACGCCAGGGGGACAUAGCGCGUGGGAGGAUCACUAUAUUCCCUCCCAGUUUCCCCUCCCCCUCGAACAGGCGCCCCGGCCGACCAGAGGAGGCGCUAGUGCAGCAACCAGGACACAUACCCACAUCCGGCUUCCCACCCGCAGACACGGCCAAUUGUGUCUGUAGGGGCGCCUGACCAAGCCGGGGGAAACACAGGGAUUCGAACAGGAGAUCCCUGUGUUGGUAGAUGACGGGAUAGACCGCCACGCAACCCGGACGCCCCAAUGGUUUGGUCAUUUAAAUGAUAGAGCCUGUUUUAGAAUAUGAGCUUUCUUUGGCUAUUUCUUCUCGUUUUAGUCUUAACUGUCUUAAUUCAGUCAGAGCUUUCUCUUAUUUUAAGUCGAGUUUUUUUUAAAAUUUUCCUCAGUAUAAACUUGUGUUCCUGUCAGUUUAGCUGGAAGGCCGUUGUUUCGUGUAAAUGUAAUGGGAGUUUUGCACAACUGUGGGGGGAGUAGAGAGGAACAGCAAGGGUCUAGGUGUAGAUAUUUAAAUAUAUCCAAAUGGUAAUGGAGCGGGUGCCAUUGGGGGGGGGGGGUUUCUAGUUUUGUUAAAUGAAUUGUACAAUGUCCUAGUGUGGGCGUCUGGGUGGCGUGGCGGUCUAUUCCGUUGCCUACCAACACGGGGAUCACCGAUUCGAAUCCCCGUGUUACCUCCGGCUUGGUCGGGUGCCCCUACAGACACAAUUGGCCAUGUCUGCGGGUGGGAAGCCGGAUGUGAGUACGUGUCCUGGUCGCCGCAUGAGGGGCGCCUCCCCUCAGUUGGGGAACUGGGGGGGGGGAUAGCGCGAUCCUCCCACGCACUACGUCCCCCUGGCGAAACUCACCGUCAGGUGAAAAGAAGUGGCCGGUGACGCCACGUGUAUCGGAGGAGGCGUGUGGUAGUCUGCAGCCCCUCCCCGGAUCGGCAGAGGGGGGGGUGGAGCAGCGAACAGGACGGCUCGGAAUAGUGGGGGUAAUUGGCCAGGUACAAUUGGGGAGAAAAUGGGGGGGUUGGGGUGGGGAUCCAAAAAGAAAGUAUGUCUCAUACGUCACAUCUGUAUUUGUCUAGAACACAAGUCUGUAAAGUCAGUAGACGCCUCUUUUCGUCGUGUGACACCGCUGUAGCGUUCAGGUUCAUAUGAGCUUGAUUAUUUUCACAGAUGGAGAUAGAUUUAGGUGCUGGCACUGAGACUACUUUGGGUUCAGAGACCAUCGGCCAUUUUCAAUAUUCACCUAGCUCUCGUCAUUUCCUGUUAAGCCCACUCACACAGUAGUUCUCUGUGCAGGGGAAAGUGUUUGUGUGUAUGUGUUUGUGGUCUUUGAACGGGCGACACGAGAUCGUUCACAACUCCUUUACCCGACCAACCCGCUUGUGGCACUCAUCUGGUUCUCCUCCUCGUUCCCGUAACGGUGGCAGAUACCGCUCGUAAGCGCCGGCGCAGCCUCACGCGCUCCUUCCGCUGACACGGCGAGACAAAGUUUUCUUCCAGCUGCCACAACGGGGGCGUGCAUGUUCACCACUGCACCACUAAGACAACUUCCACCGACGUCGACGACGCUCUGGUCUGAAACGGCGCCCGGACCACCUUUCCAAAUCCAACCCCUUUUUCCGGAGCCUCCCCUCGCAUUCCUCGCCCCUACCCCCCCCCCACAUACACACACACACACACACACCUCCCCCUCUCCCUCACUCCUCUCACUGUAAAUAUCCAGUACCUUUUAUUUUAUUUUGUUAUUUUUAUUAUUAUUGUUAUUAUAUUGUUGUUCUUGUAAUUUCUUUUAUUUUAUUUUAUUUUUUUUUCUCUUUCUCUCUCUCUUUCUCUCGUAGGCAGGAGCCAGGCACGGCAGUUGACCUGGCUCUUCAUCCCCCCCGUCUGUAAAUACAUUUUCAUUUCAGUCCCCGGUUUGGGGGGUGGGGGGACAGAACAAAAAUGUUUCUCUCAUUUUUUUUUCUCUCUCUCUCUCCCUCCAUUUCUCUCGCUGCCCCCACCCCCCACCCCUGUAAAUGUUCUCAUAAUUGUAUUUAUUCUGUUGUUUUUUUGGCGGGAUGAUAAUUUGUUUGCUUUGCUUUUUUUUUUUUUUUUUGGCUCUUGAAUUAGAUGGCAAAAUUUGUUUUCUUUCAUUUUGAAGAUCAGCAUUGUCACAUGAACGUUUUUUUUUUCCAACAUCCAAGAUACUGUACUUUGAUCCAGUCGUUGGAGCGAGCUUUCCAAUCGACGGUGUUUGUAUGUCUGUACGUGUACAUGCUCGCCAGCAGGUGGAACUACAGGUUUCCGUUCGAGUUCAAUGUGAAUUGAAUGUUAACAUGCCUCUGGGUUCUGCAGGGCGUCGGUGUUGGGAGCCAGCACAGACCAGCGUGUAUAGGGGGGGGGGCAGCGGGGAGGGGGAUAUAUGUGUGUUUUUUGUGCGCUUCCUCCUGUUUUGCUUUCUGCAGUGGGGUUCACCUGUUACUUCAGUGCGCGUGCGUGUGUGUGUGUGUGUGCGCGUCUCUGUGUGUGUUUUACAGAUAGUGGUUGAUUGAAUCACUACAGCGCAACUGCAGGGAAUGUAUGCAUUUGUUUAUUUGUGUACCGGAAGAAUGUGGACAUAACUCUUACGUGCCCCCCCCCCUCCUCCUCCCUGACAUUUCCCUAAAAUGAAGUGAGAUGACUUAAUGUGUUCUUUUUAAUGCUUUUCGUCUUCCCCUUCCCUGUCAUUCGUUGGUUUUUAAUUUUGUUGUGAUCCUGCUCUUUUCUCGCCCUGACCCACAAGGGUCAAAACGUCACUUGUUGGGAACAGAACGGUUGUACAAAAGGAGACGAUGGAGAGAGAGAGAGAAAAGAAAGAGAGAGAGAGGGAUGGAGAGGGAGAGAAUGUUUUUGUUUGUUGGUAUAAAUAAUUAAACUCAUUAAUAAAGUGAUG